GGUAGUAGACACAACUGAGAGCGCCAAUCUCGCACCAAAUAUCAAUCCCAGGUAUGACGGCCGAUAUGGUUGAAGCCGGAGACCAUUGAGACCCGUGAAUGUUUGCGGCAUUGGCGUGUUUCCAUCACAUAUAUGUGGACCUGUUUUCCUAGUAGAUUUACAUUUAUUUACUGUUUUUUUACCUUCUGUUUUCUUCUGUCUUUCUUGAGGGCGCUGCCGGCGUGCGCCUGUUUCCUACUUGAGCAUCUACGUGCAUUCUCUACUCUUGCUUUCGUCCUUCGUCUCGCUGUCAUAGGGUUACCCUAUGUACAAAAUUUAGGAUCCAGCCCGCCCAACUCCGUCUGAUACAUAGCCCGGGCUGGGCUAUCGGCCCAUCAGCUC